UCUCUCUAUGUAAUGACGUAUCUUUAAUUUGUAAUUUCUACACAGUGAAUUGUAAUGGUUUAUCGAUACGUAUUCAAUAUUAAAUAGCACAGAGAUUAGUUUAUAAUAUUGAAACUAUUUGUCGCGUGUAAUGUUUGCAAAAAGUUAUUGUUAUCGUCCUAUAAUUGAUUGAGAAUAUUGCUAUUGACCCAUACAUGCCUAUUGUUGUAACAUAAUGGCCAAAAGCAAAGUUACUGGAGCUACGAGUAGGCUGAAACAAGAUUAUCUAAGGCUGAAAAACGACCCUGUUCCAUAUGUGACUGCAGAACCAGUACCAUCAAACAUAUUAGAAUGGCAUUACGUAGUAAAAGGCCCCGAGAAGAGUCCGUAUGAGGGAGGAUAUUAUCAUGGAAAAAUUAUGUUCCCGAGAGAGUUUCCUUUCAAGCCACCAUCUAUUUAUAUGAUUACGCCUAAUGGGCGCUUCAAGACUAACACCAAAUUGUGCCUUAGCAUUACCGAUUUCCAUCCUGACACUUGGAAUCCAGCUUGGUCUAUUUCGACUAUACUCACUGGUCUGCUUAGUUUUAUGUUGGAAAAAACGCCAACAUUAGGCUCAAUCGAAACAUCCGACUAUCAAAAACGGUGCUUGGCAGCAGAAUCUCUAGAAAUUAAUCUCAAAAAUAAAAUGUUUUGUGAAUUAUUCCCUGAAUAUGUGCAGGAGAUUGAAGAGCUUUUGAAACAACGUCAAGAAGCACUCCUACAAUCAGAGCACGCCAACGGCAGCAGUGAAAGUGAAGUGACUAAUGAGCAACAGUCCAAUAUGCACUACAUCUUAACAAACUUAUUUGUGCUUGUGGGUUUUGUGUUUCUUGCAUUUAUGGUAAAACAUGUCCUAGCAUCUAUUUCCAAUGACUAAGCAAUAAAUUUGGUUAGCCAGAGUGUAAAUAUUGUAAUUUAUUGGGUAAUGAUUAGUUAUAGUAAACUGGGUUGGGUUGCCAGGCAAAUUUUCACUUCUCUUCUAAAUUAUUCCAAUUUCUAGUAAGUAACUUAGGUACAUAGGCUUUUGAUUAAAUAUAUGUUUUGUACCUAAUACUGAGAGUAUUUAGAGUUACCAUUGAAAGAAAUGCAAUAUUAUUAUCAGUAGAAUGCUUUUUACAAUACAAUUUUAUAAUUUAUGAAUGCAAAAUUAUUAUAUUGUGUGUAAAGCUGUGAUAGUGAAACAGAAUUAAAAAUUCCAUUACAAUAGUUAACAAAUUAUUUAUUGAUCAUAAAUGUAUAACAAAUGUUAAUAUUUAUUUUAUUGAAUACAAACAGUAUUGUUUCAUUACCUUAUUAUUAUUGAUAAAAAUCUUAUAAGAUAAUAUAAGCUUUUGUUUUAUUGUGAGCUUACAUUUAUGCCAAUCUUAUGAGCACAAAAGUACCAAGCUGAUUUUUGUUUUAUACUUGACUAAUUUGAAUGUAAGUUUAUAUUAUACAACUUGAAUUCCCUAUGUAUGCAUUAAAAAAAAUAUAUUGUGAUGAAUGCUAAGCAAUAAUUAUUGUAAAAUUGCUUUAGGUAAUAAAUAAUCACAUGAAAAAUCCACUUUAUAUGCAUAAAAAUUGAUAUUUCUUGCAAAUAAUGCAUAUUUAAUAUUACAAUAUCUAAUAAUUCAUUGAUAAUUAAUCAUUUCAGACUUCAAUUUGGAAGCAAUUAAUGUAUUGUGUAAGUCAACAAAAGAAAUACUUAGAUUCUGCUUGAAAUGCAACCAUAUAGUAAUAAAUAAAGAAUAGUACUGAUUUAAAUUGUAAGAGGAUAUUACACUUGUAUUUUAUAACUUAUUGGUUACAUACAAAUUUUUCACUAUAGAGCACAGCAAUAAUAUCUGACUAGUUUUAAAGGCAAUAGUUGAUAAUGUAGGUUCUGCAUGGAUGGAUUUUUGUGUGAUCAAGUGUUAUGUUUUCAUUGUAAUAAGUUGAUGAAAUAGUAAAUGCUAUUUUUACA